AUCGAUAGGUUUACAGUUUCGACUUAACUGUGGUAGAGCUGACAAUUGCUCAUGUGAACAUAUUAAAUAUAAUACUUCGCAUAUCAAUUUGCUGAAAACUGUCAAAAUGGAAGCAACGCGCCUUUCUCGUCAACCUUCAACUGAAGAGGCUGAGGUAACUGAUAAAAAGAAUAACAAAAUCAUAGAACUUGCUAACACCAUUCGACUUGCUAUGCGUAUUGAGUACGGAUUUGGAAUAUUCAGGUUUCGCCAACACGAUAAUCAAUUGGCCCCAAUCAACAAGAAAGUGAAAAUAUUUUGCAUAGUAUUGAUGAUUACCGUCGUCGUAUUGUUUUCGGUAUUCAAUAUAAUACCAUCGGACGUGGCCACGGGCUAUUUAGUGAAGAUUGAUAAAGUGCCGUCCAUAGUGAUAUUGAUCCAAUAUGUCAUUUCUGCAAUCAGGACGUCGCUAUUUUUUAACGAAGGAAACAUCCGCAUCAUAUCAACCCUCGCAGACCUCGAUUCUAAAUUGCACAUAAAUACCAACCAAGAUUUCUACAGAAAGUCCAAAAGGGUUACCCUUAAAAUCGUGAUCAUACUUCAUCUCGUACAUUUUAUUGUCAGUAUAAGUGACCUGUUUGCCGAUAAUUCUAAUUUUAGAAUGAAAAUAGGUAAACUUGUCAUAUUACCUAUUUAUCUGGAGCAGUCUCUUGAAAUAAGCGUCUUCUGUUUGAUGGUUAUGAUGUUGACGCGUAGACUCAGCAUCAUUAAUAAUUACUUGUUGAAGUUCAUUAACGAAAAAGACACUAACAAAGCUUCGGUAUUUAUCGUGAAAGAAAAAAAGGAGGUCCCGGAGGAGUUCAACUUGAUCGGCCGCUCGUCGUCCGAUAAUACGAAGAUAAGAGACUUGGCAGCGGCCUACGACAUUAUUGGCGAAACCUGUGCCCUUGUCAACGAGGUUUUUAAUUUCCAGAUAUUUAUGACUCUAGUUGCUACUUUCACUUACGUCGUCAUCACAAUUUGGACUGGUUUGGAUUAUUACCGUAGUUCUUCAGGAGAGAACACAGGCGAGCUGGCCACAAUCAUCAUUUGGUGUUUCACAGAAUUCUGCUUAAUUGCAUUUAUGUCAAUGACUUGUGAGAAGUUACUCCUGGCAAGAACUGAGACAAAGGUGUUGAUAAAUAAGAUCAUCAUGGACUACGAUUUGCCAAAGACCAUGAGGGUUCAAGCGAAAGCUUUUAUGGAGUUAAUUGAAGCAUGGCCGUUGCGAAUUUUUAUUUACGACAUGUUUUCAGUUGAUAUCACGUUAAUGCUUAAAUACAUAAGCGUGUCCACUACAUAUUUGAUUGUAAUAAUACAAAUCUCGCAUUUUAUUUAG